AUGUCUUAUGUCGAUUAUCUCUGCUUCGUCCAUAAACAAAUCCAGAACGAUCUUUCGGGAUCGGGCGGCUCUUCUAAGACGAGUUAUCAACACGAUGAUCAGCAGAAUGGGGCCGGUAGUGCGGCUGCUAGCUUCAUCGACCCCGGCUCUUUGUGGAGAGCCGCUUGGUGA